ACGUAUGGACGGACAGUGAGUGAUUCUGGAAAGAGAUUUACGGUAACCAAAAAACAGAGCGAAAGUCGUUAACUCCCGAUACUUUCCGGUCAAAAAUGUCGGUUUUUAGACUGCCCUCUCGGCCUAUUCAGACCUUCGAUGGUGGUGUGGUUAUUACCAGAACCUUGACACUUGUUUAUCCUCUUACAUUGCUGUCCAAACACAAAGUCCAGAACCAGAUGAUAAGCAACAGUAACAUCAGCUUGCGACGGUUUCUUUUUAAUCCGCCUCAGCGGCUGAGCCAAAGUAUCAGUGACUGGGGAGAAGGGCUAAGUAAUGUGUCAUGGACUUAUAGAACUUCAAUGGAGGUUCGGUGCAAGGCAGGAACAGUGCCUCUGAUGAAACAAGGCCACCGGUUUCUCUCGUCCUUGUCUUCACCAGCCUUAGCUGGAGAUCCGUCGGCGACAAACCGCCACAUCAAGAAGUUUGUGGCUGCUUCCCCCAAAUCAGUGUCUCUCAAUGUCCUCUCUCAUCUCCUCUCAGCUCAAACUUCUCAUCCCCAUCUCUCCUUUUUUGCUCUCUCUUUGUAUUCGGAAAUCACUGAAGCAUCGUGGUUUGAUUGGAAUCCCAAGCUCAUUGCUGAACUUGUUGCUCUGCUCAAUAAACAAGAAAGAUCCCACGAAUCAGAAACUCUACUUUCUAAUGCGGUUUCAAGGUUGAAGUCAAACGAACGAGACAUUGCUCUCUUCUACUGCAAUUUGGUUGAAUCAAAUUCUAAACAAGGGUCAAUACAAGGAUUCAACGAAGCCUGCGUUCGUUUGAGAGAGAUAACCCGGAGAUCUACAUCAGUUUAUGUCAAAACUCAAGCUUACAAAUCUAUGGUUUCUGGAUUAUGCAACAUGGACCAACCUCAUGAUGCAGAAAGUGUUAUCGAGGAGAUGAGAAUCGCAAAAAUAAAGCCGGGGUUGUUCGAAUACAAGUCUGUUCUAUACGGUUAUGGAAGGUUAGGAUUGUUUGAAGACAUGAACAGAGUAGUACACAGAAUGGAAACAGAAGGUCACAAGAUCGACACGGUAUGUUCAAAUAUGGUUCUCUCUUCCUAUGGAGCUCAUAAUGCUCUUCCCCAAAUGGGUUCUUGGCUACAGAAACUGAAAGAUUCCAAUGUUCCUUUAUCCGAAAGAACGUAUAACUCGGUCUUAAAUUCUUGUCCUACGAUUCUAUCACUGUUAAAAGACUUGGAUAGCUGUCCGGUUUCUCUCUCUGAACUGCUUACUUUUCUGAAUAAGGACGAGGAGGUUUUAGUACGCGGAUUGACUCAGUCAUCGGUUUUGGAUGAAGCCAUCGAGUGGAGUUCGUUAGAAGGCAAGUUGGAUUUACAUGGUAUGCACUUGAGCUCAUCGUAUUUGAUAAUGAUGCAAUGGAUGGAUGAGAUGAGGAUUAGAUUUAGUGAAGGGAAAUGUGUGGUUCCUGCAGAGAUUGUACUUGUUUCUGGGUCAGGAAAGCACAGCAACGUUAGAGGAGAAUCGCCGGUAAAAGCUUUGGUUAAAAAGAUAAUGGUACGUACCGGAAGCCCUAUGAGGAUCGACCGGAAGAACAUUGGUAGUUUCAUUGCUAAGGGAAAAACAGUAAAAGAAUGGCUUUGCCAAUGAAAGUUUAUAGCUGUGACCUUAAUCAUUUGGGAUCACAGGUCUUAACAGUAUUUAACCAAGUACAUAGAGCACAAGAAUGUUUAUAUUGGAAAUGAAAUUUUAACAGUUUGUGUAACC